UCAAAACUCAAUUUACAAUUUUACACUUUAAUUAUAACUUUACACUCAAAUUAUAAUUUCAAAACUAAACCAAACAAACCCUAGAUCUAACAGGCCCAACCCGUUAGGAGAGUAAUAUUGAACUUGGGCACUAACCCGGCCCGGUGAGGACCCGCACCUAUUUUGCCGCCGAAGUGACAAAUUUCAAUCAUACGUAUGUCCAAAAACAUAUUACUCUAAGUUGGCCCCACCACCCCAAGAUAAUCAAUUGUAAGAAAACCAACGUUAAAAAUGUUUGCUUCAUUCACUAUCUACUCACAUCACCUGAUGAAAGAAAAUGACACCCUUGAGUUUCUUCCUCUCUUCUCACUCCAUCAUGGCCUCAGUUGGGUCUUCAUCCCCACCUCCACGCUUCUACUUUCUCCACCGUGCGCCACCGCACAGUCAUCGCCUCCGCCACCUUACCCCUUCGUCAACAGCAAUGCCGGAGUGAACCCAACAAUGGCCAUCAUACUCGUCUGCUUCAUCAGCGCCUUCUUUGUCAUGGGCUGCAUCUCCGUCUACAUCCGCUACUACGUCGAGCGCCGCAUCCUCGCACGAUUCGCCCUCAGCCCCGGAUGGCUCUCCCGAGUGGCGCGUGGGCUCGACUCGGAGAUACUCGAAACGUUUCCUACGUUCAUCUACUCCGAGGUCAAGGGUCUCAAGGUCGGCAACGCCUUGCUAGAAUGCGCCGUGUGCUUAAACGAGUUCGAAGACGACGAGACUCUCCGAUUACUCCCCAAAUGCUGCCACGUGUUCCACCCCGACUGUAUCGAUUCCUGGUUGUCCUCUCACAUCACUUGUCCCGUUAGCCGAGCCAACCUCGUCCCCAAACCCGGCGAAACUCGGCCUUUCACUCUCCCGAGUCAAGAUUCGGAUUCCGAGUCAGAGAUUCAGGAUUGUGAAAACUUGAAUUCCGAUGAUUUGAUCCCGACCAUUCAAUCUCUGGAGAUAGUCAACGUAAUUCAAACGCCGAUUAAUCGGAAUAGUACGCCGAGGAAGAAGCUUCGGAGGUCGAACACAACGGGUCACUCGGUGGUGAAACCGGGAGGGAAUUGCGAGAGGUUUACGCUAAGGUUACCGGAGGAGGUACGGAAUAGGUUGGUGAACUCGUCGAGGUUGACGACGACGAAGAGUUGCGUGGCCUUUCCGAGGUCGAGGAGUUCGAGGAAAGGGUACAGAAGUGGGAGUGAAAGGCGGCCAGACCGGUGGGGGUUUAUUGUGACGCCGCCGUUUUCUUCUAGGGCCCGUUCGAUCCGGUCGCGUGAGGAGUCGACGGCGACGACACCGAGGACUCUGUUGAAGAGCGUAACGUCGCCGUUAAAUAGGCUGUUUAAGAGGACGGAGAGUAGUAGGGAUAACGUUAACGAAGGGUAACGGUCGUUUGAUAGGCUAAGGUUGGGAGAUGAUCAAGUUUAGGCUUGAUAGGUAGAUACAUUUUUUUGUUUGUGUUUGCUCCUGCGACUGACUCUUUUGUUUUUAUUUUAUUUUAUUUUAUUUUAUUUUUAUUUUUGGUUUUUUAUGGAUAAAAUCCAUUUUCACACAAUCCACUGAAACUUUGUAGGCUUGAACGAAAUGUAAGCUUAUGUUUAAAUCCUCGCUUAUUUAUGAACUAGAGAUUCCUCGUGCCGGAAGACACUCACAAUAAUUUUUUUGA